GUAAAGUCGUAUAAUUUGAACUCUUAAUUACAGUUGUUCGGAAUUAUACAGAGCCAGAUAACAAUUUAGUACUUAUUUAAAUUGCUUUCGGUAAUUAAGUGAAAUGUUUAGAUUUUCAAUAGUGACUUUAGGUGGAGAAUAUCGUUUAAUUCGAAAAUUCAGCACAAAAAAAAGCUACUAUCAUUGUGUCGGAGAAGAGCCUCUUAGUUGUUUAACAUUAGGCCAGUUGUCAGAAUUAACCAGUAAGCGCUAUGGUGAUAGACUCGCAGUGAUAUCUUGUCACCAGAACAAAAGAUUAACGUUUCGAGAUAUACUGGAUGAAGCUGAUAGAUUAGCGGCUGGUUUUCACAAAUUAGGAUUUAAAAGAGGGGAUCGCAUCGGCUUGUGGGCACCCAAUCUGACAGAAUGGUACGUGUCGUUUAUAGCUCUUGCUAGAGGAGGAUACGUGUCGGUUCCAAUGAAUCCUUAUUACCAAGGAUUUGAAGUAGAACUCCUGAUUAGAAAAGUAGGCAUGAGAGGUUUAAUAUGCGGAGAUAUUUUUAGGAAGCAAAACUUUUAUGACAUAUUAACAAAAUUUUCUCCCGAAAUUAUAAAUAGUAAUCCAAGGAAAAUAUAUUGUGAAAAAGUGCCGAGUUUAAGGAAUAUUAUAGUUAUGACGGAGGAACAAAAAAUGGGGACCUUUAGGUACAGUGAUGUACUAAAUAUGGCAGAUGAAUGUAGCAUUAGUUACAUAAAUAAAAAUCAGGAUAAAAUAGAAUGCGACAAUGUUUGUAAUAUUCAAUUUACCUCAGGGACAACUGAUAAUCCUAAAGCACCAUGUCAAACUCAUUUCAACGUAGUAAAUAACGGAUAUUAUACUGGAAAGAGGAUUGAAUUAAAUAAGAAACAUCAUACAAUUUGUCUUCAGAAUCCUCUUUUUCACGUGUUUGGAACAGUAGCCACUGUCUGCUCAUCUAUCAAUCACGGUUCUACUAUAGUUUUACCUUCAGAUGGGUACGAUCCAGAAAAAAAUUUAACAGCAAUUACUAAAGAAAAGUGUACUGUUGUUUAUGGAACACCAACAAUGUACGUAGAUCUAAUUAAUCAACAACGAAAAAGAAACGAAAAACUGCACCUCGAAAUAGCAGUUUCCGGUGGAGCGCCAUGUUCACCAAAAAUCUUUGAAGAUCUGUUAGAAGUUUUAAAAGUAACGAAAGUGAAGUCUAUAUAUGGUUUAACAGAAACUACUGCGGCAGUAUUUUCUUCGACAGAAAACGAUAAUCGUGAACGAUCUAUUAACACGGUAGGAAAAUUGCAAGAACAUAUAGAAGCAAAAGUAAUAAAUAGUGACGGUUAUCUUGUACCAGUUGGAGUUGCUGGUGAGUUAUGUAUAAGAGGUUAUUCGACGAUGCUAGGUUACUAUGGAGAUGAGAAGAAAACUAAUGAAAUUAUUGAUGAAAACCAAUGGUUACGAACCGGAGACCAGGUGAUAUUAACAAAAGAUGGAUAUGCUAAUAUUGUGGGAAGAAUCAAGGAUAUGAUCAUCAGAGGUGGGGAAAAUAUUUAUCCUAAAGAAAUAGAAGAUUUCUUAAUAACACAUCCAGACAUAUUAGAAGUACAGGUUGUGGGUGUGCCCCAUGAAAGGCUAGGAGAAGAAGUAUGUGCAUUUAUAAAAACAAAAAAUAAUCGAACAAUUACAACAUCGGAUAUAUUCGAAUUUUCCAAGGGAAAACUGUCAAAUUUUAAAAUUCCUAGUAAAGUGAAAAUAGUCAAUCAUUUUCCUACAACAACUUCAGGGAAAGUUCAGAAAUAUAAAAUCGUUGUUGUAUUUAUGAAAAAUAAAGUUGUACCAUAGA